AUGCUCAAGAUGUAUGUGGGGAAAAUCCAAGGCGAGGUUCGCCGCCACAUCGAAGAAAACUGGGUGGGCCGCACGACCGUGACAGUGAUGCCACUGAUGAAGCGGCUGACGUUCGACAUCAUUGCCGCGCUGCUCUUCGGACUCGAGCGGGGGGCCACCCGGGACGCCCUCGCCGGCGACUUCGUCCGCAUGACGAAGGGUAUGGCGGCCAUCCCGGUGAACCUGCCUUUCACGGCGUUCGGCCGGAGCAUCAAGGCCAGCGGCAGAGCUCGCGGGGUGCUGCAGGGGAUCACGCAGGAGAAGAAGGCCAACCAGCUGAAGCAUGGCAACCAAGUGUCAAGAAACAACGACCUCAUCACCUGCCUGCUCGGCCUGACCGGCGACAAUGGCGAGAGGGUCCUGACCGACAAGGAGAUCGUCGACAAUGCCAUGGUCGCCCUUAUCGCAGGCUAUGACACGUCGUCAAUCUUAUUGACGUUCAUGGUCCGCCAACUCGCCAAUGAUCCGACCACCCUCGCUGCAAUGGUCCACGAGCAUGAGGAGAUUGCGAAGAACAAGUCUGAUGAAGAGGCUCUGACCUGGGAAGACCUGACGAAGAUGAAAUUAACAUGGCGAGUAGCGCAGGAGACACUUCGCGUGGUCCCUCCAAUCUUCGGCAGCUUCAGAAGAGCACUCGAGGACAUCGAGUUCGACGGCUACUGCAUCCCAAAAGGAUGGCAGGUGUUCUGGACGGCCAACGUGACGCACAUGGACGCGAGCAUCUUCCCGGAGCCAGCUAAGUUUGACCCGUCCCGAUUCGAGAACCAGUCGGCAUCGGCAGCACCACCGUGCUCCUUCGUCGCCUUCGGCGGUGGUCCGAGGAUAUGUCCCGGGAUGGAGUUAGUCAGGAUCGAGACACUGGUGACCAUGCACCACCUGGUGAGGCAGUUCAGAUGGAAGCUACGCUCUAAGAAGAACACUUUCGUGAGGGACCCUAUGCCGUCGCCACUGCAUGGCCUGCCCAUCGAAAUCGACCACAAGAUGUCUCCUUACUCAUAACUGUCAGGACGACAGUCAGUUCCAUUUUA